AUGCGUUUUACUUUGGAGUAUGUGGAGAGGGAGGCCAGCGACUCAAAACGAGCCACCGCCCUCGCGGCUCUCAACUACGGGUACAAGAAGGCAAAUGAUGCGAAACAACCUGGAGGCUGUCCUGUCGCUCUGGCCACCAUUGUGGACAACACACACGCGUCAUUGUUGAACUUGGGUGAUUGCGGUCUGGUGAUUGUGCGGCAGGGUAAGCUCCUGUAUCGCACAGAGAUACAGCAGCACUCCUUCAACUGUCCGUACCAGCUCCCUGAGGAUCCACCUAGCGCCGGUGAGCAGGCCAAGAUCGAAGUGCGCUCCGGCGACGUUUUCCUUUGUGUGAGCGACGGUGUGCUGGACAACGUCGAGCUGGACCGCCUCCUUGACCACCUCAACGAGGUACCAGCGAUGGGGUGUCACAAUGUAGCCGAGUCUAUCGGCCAGGAGGCUUUUCGCAACGCACAAGACCGCCGCUACCUUUCACCAUUUGCACGUCACGCAGAAGAAGCUGGCUACCGCUAUACUGGCGGCAAGCUCGACGACAUUACGGCACUGGUGGCUCAAGUAACCUCCGACAGCGAAGAGGGAGCUGCAAACUGCCCUCCCUUGAUUACGAUGCUGUUGGACAUAGACAAGUGA